AUGGAAUAUACAAUACCAGAAACGCAAAAGGUCGUCCUAAUUGAUGGAGUUGGUGGAUAUGAUAUCAUCAAGUAUGAGAAUUAUCCUGUACCUCUAAUUUCAGAUAAAGAUAUACUGAUCAAAAACAAAUACACUGGUGUUAACUACAUUGAAAGUUACUUUCGGAAAGGUCUUUACCCCUGUGAAAAACCAUAUGUUUUGGGUAGAGAAGCAACAGGUGUCAUCGUAGCAAAGGGUAAAGAUGUUACCAAUUUUGAAACUGGAGACCAAGUUGCGUAUAUAUCCAAUUCAACUUUCGCACAGUAUACAAAAUUCCCGUCCGAAGGUACGAUAAUGAAGUUGCCAUCGGGCACUAGUGAUGAAAAGAUGAAGCUUUAUGCAGCUGGUUUAUUACAAGCUCUCACUGCUUUAUCAUUCACAAACGAAGCGUAUCACGUUAAGAAAGGUGAUUAUAUCUUGGUAUAUGCUGCAGCUGGUGGUGUUGGAUUGAUUCUAAAUCAGUUGCUGAGGAUGAAAGAUGCACAUGCAAUUGCGGUUGCCUCAACGUAUGAGAAGUUGGAAACAGCCAAGGACUACGGGGCUGAAUUUUUGAUUGAUUCUUCCAAGGAAGACAUUCUAACACGAGUUUUGGAAAUUACUGACGGUAAAGGUGUUGAUGCGAGUUUUGAUUCAGUUGGCAAGGAUACUUUUGAUACUACCUUGGCAGCAUUGAAAAGAAAAGGUGUCUUUGUUUCGUUUGGCAAUGCAUCGGGUCUUAUCCCGCCGUUUUCCAUCAAUAGACUUUCUCCCAAAAAUAUUACUCUGUUGAGACCUCAACUUUAUGGCUAUAUCGCUGAACCUGAAGAAUGGAAGUAUUAUACGAACAAGUUUGUGGACUUGAUUGACUCAAAGAAACUCAAUAUUAAGAUAUACAAGACCUAUCCAUUAAAGGACUAUAAUGUUGCUGCCGCUGAUAUAGAAAGUAGAAAGACUAUCGGUAAAUUAGUUCUUGAGAUACCACAAUAG